CGCAGAUGCAUGACGGUAACGUUCUGUCUCGCGUUGAUAUUUGUUCAAAAUGGCGGCCUGUUCGAAGGAAUUGUGAAGAUUUUGGGACGGAUAAUUCACACAAUUGCUUCGUUUUAACAUACAAAUCUACUGAAUUUUGAAGAUUAUAGUCCAGAAGAGAUGGCUGUGCAAAUUAGAAGUAAACGCAAGAAGAAUUUCAGGUCAAGCGAAGCGAUGCAAUUUGACGACCCGGCGACUCCUACACUGAGUCGGGAAGUUGAAAAGCCGGACGAUGAAUCAAGUUUAAAUGUACGACGGUCGUCUAGGAAACCCAAACCUAAGAAGCUUACUGAUGAUUUUGAAGAAGAUAUUCCGCUUGAUAUCAAAAUCAAACAAGAACCUCUAGACGAGGAUGAAUUAACACCAACAGUAUAUAUGUCUGAGGCCCCGGUCUUUGAUACAGAACCUGUCGAUGAUACGACAUCCUUUGUUAACCCUGGUGCUCGUUUGCGGCGCGAAACACGAAAAUCAUUUCAAAAUUAUCUUGAAACACUUGGAUAUAACAGAGACUUUUCAAAAAUAUCUGAACAAGAACAAGACUCUGAACCUCAGCAAAGGUCUGGAAAGUCUUCAGGUAAAAGAGUUAGUCAAGUAAACUUAAAAACUGAAUCAGAGGACAAUUUUACACAAUCAUGGCCACUUCCAAAUGAGAAAUAUUCAUUAUCAGAGCAAACAGAUGCAUCGUCCAAAGUUCGGUUUUCGUCUCGGACACCUAGACCAAAGAAAACAUUUAGUUUACUGGAAGAAGAAAUUAACAUGUCAGCAAGCAGGAGUGGUCUUGAUAGUGUAGACCCAACAGAUGUUCAUUUAGACAUUCAAAAACAAGCUACAAAGAAAGAUAAAUCAAGAAAAUAUGCAUCUGGUAGUGAAAAGGUUAAAAUCUCAGUGCGCUGUCGGAGUACACCAACCUCAAACACACAACCGACAUCAACUCCACUUGGUAAGAGUGAAGUUGAUGAACCCAGUGUUAUGUCAGAUGAAAUGGAUGGCACACCAACAAGGACAUCUGGUAGAGUAAGAGUUCCAAAACGCCAGUUCUCACUACUUGAAGAUGAGGCGCAAUCUGAUGCAAAGAGAGAAAAAUUGAUGUCACCUGAGCAUAUUGCCUCAUCUGAGGUUAAGAAAGGAAAACGAAUAGACAGUAUUAUACCUAGUGAGGAUCAGGUUACAGCCCAGUCUUCUGUGGUUGUCAAAAGAUCUAAUGGAAAGAAAGGAAAGAAAAAGAAAGAACAAAAAGGAAAUGCCCUUGAUUCCUGUCCAGGAAAAGUUAAGAAAAUAAUUGAAGAUAUCAACAUAAAGAGAGAAGUAGACACAACAGAAAGCAGUCAAUCUGAAACAGAAAAGAAAACAGUUGUUAAGAAAGGAAGAGAGAGAAUCGAGAAUAUUGUGAAAUCAUUAUUAUUAGCAAAACAAUCGGAUCUUGUAUCAACACAAGAAGAAAUACCAGAAGAACAAACCUCUAGCCAAAAGAAAGGUGUGAAGAGAAAGAGGGAAAGUACUGCUAAUCAGGGAGCAAAGAAAAAUGGGAAGGGAACUGGAACAAAGAAAGCGAAGAAGAAUCCUGAAAAUGAACACAUUGUUUUAAAACUACACAUAUCACAUGGGAAAGAUAAAGACAAGACAAAAGAUGAGAAACAUCACCAUAAACAUCAUCAUCAUCAUAAACACAAGAAAACAAAAGAAAGGUAAGAGAUCAUUACUCUGUUUACUGUAAUAUGUUUUACAAUAUGGAAUAUAUUUAGUUGUAGGAUGCAUUUGUAAUAAAUGCAGUAUUACCAGAACAUACAUUAUACAUGUUUUACGUCACUUGAAUUUAAAGGGGCCCUACAGUCAUUUUUUAGUCGAAAAGCCACCUUAGGCGUAAAAAAAAAAUACCUAUGGUUCCGGUUUCAUAUCGUGAAAAAAUUAGGGUCGGUAGGUCGGAAAUAAAUUUUUUUUUUGAAUAUUUUUUUCAUGGUUUUGGCGGUUUUUUGCUGGGCGAUUUGCAGUAUUGUCCUGACAUCAAUAUUAACUAGAGAUGCAUAUUUCCUAUGGACAAAUUUAGGCAAUUUGGUUCAAGAAUUAGUGUGACAACAGACGCCAUAUUGGCACGCUGUAUGAGCAGCCCACAACCACCUGGAGAAAAUAGGGUCGCGCGGUCAAUUGCGUUGAAACAAUAAUAGGGUCGGCAGAAAAAAAAUAGGGUCGGUCGGGAACCGGAACCACAAGUAUUUUUUUUACGCCUUAAGUAGGGGACUCCACAGAGAUUUGUUUGGCUGUAUCUUACAUGCAUUAUCCAUGAGUAUGAGUACUUCCGCAUACCGGAAGACGCAUGCAUGCCGUGGUGCGCAUGUCAAGUAGCAACAAUAACAAAAAAAUGUAAACAAUACUUAAGGUGACUUUUCGACUAAAAAUGACUGUAGGGCCCCUUUAAUAUAGUUUCACCCAUUAAGUUGCAAAAUGCGUUGCAAAAUGCUGGAGCUCAAUGGGUUAAUCCUUUAAUUACUCUGUCUAACUCCAGACGAUUUUACUUGCCAAGGUACAUAGGCACUUCCGCCAAUAGUAAAAUUGAGGUAAAAGAGUAAAAUGUAAUUGAGUAAAAUGUACUAGGACAUCCAAUAGGGGACAAUGGUUAUUAAGAGUUCCAAUUCCAUCAGAAGGUACAUGUAGGUGUGGAUGGUAGAGCUGUGCAGUUCCAAAAAUUUUAACUUGGUUUCGGGUUUUUUGGGACAGAAAAACCUCAGUUCGGUUAUUUUUAGGAAUGAGCCGAUAAGGAAAAUUGCUGAUUACUGAGGCCGAUUAUUUAUACGCCGAUUAUCGUAACUAAUCGGCCGAUUAAUCUGUACCCACCGAUUAUUUUAAAAAGCAAGCGAAAAAUCACAAGAUGACCAACAAUGAAGUUGUAAAUGCGGUUUUAUUGUUUACAAUACAGUGAAUACACACUAUGUACAAUUAAAAACAGCUUCAAUCUUGCAUGUCAAUAGUCAAAAGUUUAGUUUUGGGAGAUUAUGGUGUAAAAACAGGAUAUUGUCAGCUAUGCGGAGCUAGUCUGCUGCGUUUUUCAGUGGAAAUGUUCCCAGCUUCACUUUGCUUGAGACAAAAGACACAGGUUUUGCAACAGCAGGCGGAAAUCUAUUCGUUUGUAUUCAGUAUUUUAACAUGUGCUUACAGCCCUCGAAAACCGUCAAAAUUGAGGUUGGCAAAAAAAUGCCGACUUAAAUCUGACUUAGGUCGGCACAUCUCAGCAUUUUUUAAAAUCUGUUUCCCUGUCUUGGAGCACUAAUAAUUAUGUAUUUACGAAUCAUUGAAGAAGAAGAACAGUACCAAUGUAUGAACUCAUUUAUGUAUGUUUCGAGCAUUUUUACUAAAUAGAUGAUGAAUUUAUGCCCUUGUAAGUUUGUAUAAAUCUCUGAAUACCGCGGUGUAUUUUAAAAGAACUAUUGGAGUUUAAUGCCCAGCAUAACGUACGAAAGAGAGCCAUAUAGACAAAAAAUAUAGAAAUAAAAUUUAUUUAGAAGUACUAACGUUAAAUUGAUUUUUAUUUCUAUAUUUUUGUCUAUAUGGCUCUCUUUCGUACGUUAUGCUGGGCAUUAAUCUUUAUAAUACGAUUACGAUUCCCGCCUGGUUCAUCACUUGCAAGUAAAUUGGAGUUUAUUUAUGAAAAUGAAAUAUUUCUUUUAAUUUUAAAGCAAGUUCACAGCAAUAACUAUCACAACUAAAAUAUCAACUAUUUGAGCACUUAAUACAGUGCAUAUUGUGCACAAAGAGCACAAUCUUGUUAUUUUCCCAACAUUUCAACCUGCAAUCAGGUGGGCGUUUGGCGGGCAUUAAACGGGAAAUUAAAACCAAAACUACCGGUUGUUUAGCAUAUAAUUUUUCGGUGCUAAAAAAAGUGUACCAGAAGAACCAAACUUUUCGGUUAACCGCACAGCUCUAGUAGAUGGAAUGAUGGCAUGCAUCAUAAUGGCGUAUACGUCAUACCGCACUGUUAAAUACAUUUUUUACUGCUGUUUAUGCUAUUUUCAGUGAACCUGUUGUAAAGAAGCAAAAGAAAAAAUCAACUGCAACUAUUAAAACUACAAAGAAAGUUCCAGCUAAGAAGACAGUGAAGAAAAAGAAAUUGAAUAUCAAGCAAGAACCAGAUGAUGAUACUCAUCCUCAUGUCAAGUUAAUUAUAAAGAAAAGCCCUACCAAAUCAGCAACAAUUGCAGAGGUUAUGAUGCAAGAUAUGUCAGAGCAGUCCAGUGAAUUACCAGAAGGAUCUUCCCAAGAUAGUAAAGAAACAGUGGUGAAGAAGCCAGAAAUAAAGAAGAAACCAGACAUGAAGAAGAAAACAGGUAUAAAGAAGAAACCAGAUACGAAGAAGAAACCAGACGUGAAAAAGAAAUCCGACACAAAGAAGAAAGACAUAAAAAGAAAACCACCAAAUAAGAAAUAUAAACCGCUAACUGUGAAACCGUCGGUGCCAAGGCCUUUUAGAAAGGUAAUGUAGAUUGGUCUUUCUUUUUAUGUCUGUUUUUGAGGACUUUUAGCUUGUUCUUUUAGCUUGUUGUUGAGAGCAGUGUAAAUUAUUUACUUUUUAUUGUGUGACAUAGGUUGCAUAAAAUCAAAUUGUUUUGAUUUCCUGUAACUGGCCAUUGGACAAAAUUAAGAUUGAUCAAUCAGAGAAUGUCUGUUGAUCAAUUUGAGGUGGUCUCAAUGACUUGUCACCUGGAAAUGAAGUUCUGUGUGACCUUUCUCAUGAGACAAAUUACUUCACUCAUGUGAACGAACCUUGUUAUAUACUACAAGGGCUGGUUGUUGUUCAAAGCUGGAUUAUCACUAACAAUGGGUUAAAUUUUGACCCACUGUUUUUUGUUUGUGUACAUCUGAAAGUCUGUUUAUUUCAAAACUUUUAUUUCAAAAAUAUUUGCAUGUUUAUAAACAAGAUGUCGGAAAGAUUGCUGUGAUGUUUUCUAUUGAGCUAUAUGUAGGAUUAAGCUAUAUGUAGGAUUAAGCUAACCGGCUUUUGAACAACCACUGCAGUCUACAUAAUGUGUACUUCUUGAUCUGCAUGGCGCAAAUUCUUCCACAUGUCUGCCAGGCAACGACACAUACUUGCAAAGUCUAAUAACUCAAUACAGUCAAUCUAGUUUCUUAACAUUUUAACAAACGUAUCAGUUAAAGUAAACAGUUAUAUAUGGAAUUCACUUUAUGUGAGUAUUUUUCUCAGUUGAUCUGGAAAUGGGAUUUUGUAUUUUAGGAUAGAUUUUCACGGAAAAUAUUGUAAAAAAGACACUCUUAGGCAUUUGCAUCUUGAAGGAAGUUUCCUUGAAAUAAAAUCUGGUAAGGAAUGUGUCGUUUUCGUUUAGAAAAAAGACAAAACUAUGAAGGCUAGAACAGUUUCAGCAUAUUCUUUGUUUACUAAAAAUAGAAGAAAAGGUUUACUGGAAAAAGAACCCAACUUAGGUAAGUUGUUUUUAUUUAAACCUAGCCAUAGGUCAUAGGCAUUGUACAACUUGCACAUUGUGUUUGAAAUUAUUCACUCGGGUCUCAGCCGCAGCUUAUUGUUUAGUGUUCAAUCCAAUUAAAUAUUAUUUAGACUUUGCAACUACCAGUCGUCGCUUGGCAGCAAUGUGGAAGAGCUUGCCUCAUGCAGAUCAAGAAGUAUGUAAACUGUGAAGAUCAAUAUUUUAUAUUUGUAUUACUACAUAAGAACUUCACAGUUAUUAAUUGAAUCAACUAAAGUUUACUUGUCUUUCUAUUAGUACUGGAAAGCAAAAGCAAGAGCAGUGAGAAUGCCAAAUGGACGAGAUCCUACCCGAUCUUUCUUACGAGGUAGAAGAGGUCGAUAUGAUUCUUAUAACUGGUCACACUUCAGUGAUGUUCCUCCCUCAUCCACUGGAACUGAAGCUAUUGAUAUGGCUGCUUAUCUGAAGUUACUGGGAGAGUCUCUUUGCUCUAUUGGCAUGUGUCUCAAGAGACAGGUUCGUAACUCCUUUUGUGUUACUCUUGUGUAACUUAUGUGUUUACAGCGCAUGUUGUUACACUUAUUUCUAGUGGAAUGAAGGGGUACUAAACUAAACUGAUAAGAAAGUCAGUUUUAUAUUCAGGCUGGAUAGCUCUAUUAAAGCUAAGGCUGGAUAGCUGUAAGUUUUAAAACUGUUCUUUCAAGAGGUCCAGAAUCAAUUAUUUGGUCCAGUACAUAAACAAAUUAUACGAGCAAAUACCUGGGGGCGGUUGUUCAAAGGUGGAUUAGCGCUAACCCUGGGUUAAAAUUUAACCCGCUGUUUGUGUAUUUCUGCAUGUCUAUCUAUUUCAAAACUUCAGAGAAUAAAACUUCUGUUGAUCAAGACAAGUUUUCUAGGAAAAUAUUUUCAUGUUUGUAAACAAGUUGUUGGGAAGAUUCCUUUUUAUUAACCUUGGAUUAAGCUCACAGACUUUUGACCAACCGGCCCUAGAAGAAAACCUGCAUUGAUUGGUUGAGUCAAAUUGGAAGCACUCUUCUUACAUGCAAGGUGCAUCUGAGUCAAAAUCAUAAUCAGACAACUACAGUUAUAGAAGUGAAAGGCACAUGUAUUAAUGACCACUGUGCAACCAACAUCCCAUGACCCUGAUGAUGUUGUUGAAUAUUUUAACUAAACCUGAAACCACAGAUAAAUCAGGGUGCGAUAAUUCUCGUACUUACCAAUAUUACCACAUAGGUACGCGGAACUACUGCUAUAUGCGUACUUACACAUGACUUUUCCAAGCCCAAGGUAUUCAAUAUCGUAAUUUAGUUGGUAUAUCAUGUGUCUGAGAUGUCUUGGCAUGAAACAUGAUUGGAAUGAUGGGGCUAGGAAACGUUGGAGUCGAUUGUUUGUAUAUGCAAUUGUGCUUCUUUUUCUACCUCGUAGUCUGAAUAUACUUUUCAGAACCCUGUACUUUAUGAACUUUAUUUUAAUGACUAAGUACACAUUGAGUAUCGAGUUUGUACUAGCGCAAGUACGCGGCAAUAAUCAUUGGCGUACCAGUCAGGUACGAAUAAAAAUCUCAUAAAUUAUAUUUCUUCCAGGAUCAGAUGGAAGUCCAUGGCAGUUUAUCAGUUUUACUUGAUACAGCAUUAUGUUCAAUUGUUCCAAUAUUCUGUUUGACGUCACAACUACCUGUGAUGGCUGGAUGUUCCCAUGAAACGCAGGUAAACGCUGUUGUUCCCGCACGUAGUGUUACUGUUACACGUAAAAAUGUAUAAGUUGUAAUAAGCCGACAUCAAGUUGAGGUGGGGGUAGGGGAGCUUUUGAAAACGUAGAAAAAGGAGGGUGCUAAGCCCCUCCGAAGAUAAGGUUUAUAUACUAAAUAUUCAUAAUAUCCCGUUAUGUGGCUUGUAACAGUUGUAGGAGGUUAAAUUCCAUUCAAAGUCUCAGCGUGUCAAAUCUUCCUCAGAAUGCAGGAAAUGCCAUUUCAGAGAGUAUAUAUUUCAAAAUUAUUGCUGGGGAACAUACCCCGGACUCCCCUAGAGUUUGUUUACCCCCCCACCAAACCGAUACAUAGAUCGAUUUUAUUUCAAAAUCAUUAUGAAUUAAACUUUUAUAACGAUGUAAGGUUUGAUGUACUACUUAAAACACGAGCAGCAGUGUUUUAUCAGAGAUAUAGAUACGAGGCCAAGGCGACUAUCUUUAGGUCUGAGAAAACACGCACUGCGAAUGUUUUAAAUUGCUUCAAAAUCUACCUAGUAAGUUCAUUGGCGAAGUAAUUUUCAAAAAAUACGUGUAAGUCGAGAAAAUCAAAGUCAAAGUUUAUGUAAAUCAAGGGAAAUCUCUAUUACUGCUAUAUUUAGGUUGGAUAUUCAAUGAAUGUUUAGGCUUGUUUGCUAUUUUGGGCUUAUCCAAGGCAAAUAGUUAAGAAAGUUACGGAUCCACAAUAUCACAAUGUUUCUUUUUGUUCGGAUUGUGGAUACCAUAUUAAAACAGGGCUAGGAAGUCCUGUUUAUUUUACUUGACAUGUGUAGUUUUGCAAACGCUGACGACUUUUUCGUUUUCUUGAUAGGCUCAAAUUUUGGAUAACUUGGCAUAUAUAAUACCUGGUCUUUAAAGGACAGAUUUUAUGAGGUUUUAUUUGAAAUGGUUAUGUUUAUGCCCAUAUUUGAUGUAUUGGUGUAAUCAGAUGUGUAUAAUUGUAUAGGUUUUUACUAUAGUGUACGGUUUAAUGUAUAUCACAACGUGCAGUAUGUAUAUAGAAACGGAUGCAACAUUUGGUUCUCGGGUUAACGCUGUAUGUUCAUUCAAAGCCAAAGAGUGCACUGUCCUGUCUGAGCUGAAUGAUCGUUAGGCAUUGACUGUAUAUCUCUAAAAGGUAUUUGGAAUUAUUCACAUGUAUUCAAUUUGAUUUGCAAAAUUGCCUAACAAAUGCAGACAAAGUUAGUUGAGCUGACGUUUGUUUUUUUAUCCAUUUCACAACUUUGGAUGCUGCCUAGUUAUAGACACUUCCCGAGUUUGCUUGAAUGGACACAAAACAGUAGCUUGAAGUCGAGGCGGACAAUGUAAUCCAUUAUGAAUAAGUCGUUUUCAUUGCCAACUAGCAAAUUCGGGAGUUGUCUGUUACUUCAGUUUACGGAAGGAGGCAAAGCUGCAAUCCAGGCAAAAACCUUGUGGGCAUGUCAAAUUGUAUAUAUAUUUGGAAAUAUAUCAAGUAUAUCUGUUAAACGCCUACUCCCUCUCUCAAUGUCGCAUCCAUUAUGAUACACACAAAUUUGCAUGACGAUUUCAAACAUUGUUUGGGGGGAGUCCCUACUAUUCCUAUGAGGCUAAUAAUCCACAUCAUUUUUGGCCUAGAUUGCAACUGUGCAUUAGAAUUUAGAAUGAUUUACAACUGUGAUACUGUGGCAAGUUGUGCGAAGGCAGAUGCUGCACCGGAUUACAACUUUAUGGAUUUUGAUAACAUUCACAGUUUCUCAAGUAUUUUUUCAAAGCUUGGAAAAACAGAAAAGUCACCAUCCAAAAAACGCCAUAGCGCUAUCUGGCCUUCGUACGACUAGGCCCGGUUGUAUAAAACUCUUACUCUUCAUAAAACUUUAACUACCUGUUUCGUAGUUGGAUUCUCAUUGGUUAAAUUUUCCACUAACUAUUGGUAAGUUUAAUUGAUUAUUUUGUAUAGAGCGUUUGCACAAUUCAAAAUAAUUUUAAUUAUACUUUUGUCUGGAACACCAACAUGGCCGCCAUGGCUUUUGUGGAGUUGGUCAAAUGAGUGCAAACGCUCUAUACAACCGUGGCGGUUAAACUGGUAAAGUUUACGAAUUCUUGUAAAUUUCCUGAUUUUUAAAUAAAUGAAGUUUAAGGGAGUGUUCAUUAUUUAUACCCGGGGUUGGUAUCGAAGAGAAACUAAUCGAAAAGAGAAAAAAAAACAACCACUCACCCUUUCGGUCAACCAUUUUUUCCCCUACCCAACUAUUGCAUGACUUGGAUUUUUAUUUUACCCAACCCAAUUUCAAAAUUAUACAAGUAUUUUACAUACAUACAUAUAUAUUAUUAUUACAAGCUAGGCCACUAUAGUAUAAACAGUACUAUGCAUAUUUGGUGCACUAACUGAAUGUCAAGUAUAAUCAUUUGUACCUUCACAAGUUCAUAUUAUGUUCCCAAGCCUCCAAGUUCCUGCAGUCCUACUAUGUCUCGUCGUUGUAAUCAGAGGGGAUGCCCCAUCCCAGUUGGAGUUUAGUUUUCUUUGUGGGGAAUGAAUGUAUCUUUCCUGGAAUGACCCAUUUCGUUAAAGGAUUUUCAUAUUUUGUUCAAUUGAAGGUUUGUAUUGGAAAUAAUUUACCCAACCAUAGGCUUUGUUCAAAAAAUAUUUACCCAACCCUUCAUACCCCAGAAAAAUGGCUUACCCAACCCAUUUCUCUUCGGUACCAACCCCGGGUAUAAAUAAUCAACACUCCC